ACAGAACAGUUAUGCAUCAUAACAAUCAAUCUACUGUUUAUAUUAUAUUAUAUAAUCAUCUACAGUUUUUUUCAUACAAUUAUAAAGAGGCAUAUGGAGGUUGUCCCAUAUACAAUACUGAUACUCUUUUCCAUAAGCAAUUAUCUAAUCUCACAUGCUGUGGCUAUUUUGGAUACUGGCAGUGAUAAACUGGCCAAUGAAUUUGCACAGUGUAGUAUUUAAGUUCUACAUGAAACACGUCGUAUCCAUCUUAUGCUUCAGCUGUCGAUUCAAGAAAGUAGCACAGAUGAAGCCUGAAUGAACAAGUGAUCAAACAGGUUUGCCCUUGUGUUUGCUGAUCAUCCGUCAGGUGAUCACUGACUGUCAACUGUGUCUCAGUAUGGAUCCGCUCCGAUCGUAGUUUAUUCGCAAAAUGGAACUAAUGGAGGAAAAUUAAAGCUUGAAAAGGUAGGAUUCGUGCCUUUUGUUCUUUUAUAAGUGCUUUCCUUUUUAAAAUGCAUUUAGUAAACAGAAGCCUUGUCUUUCCCUUAACAGAACCUCAAAACAGACGAAACAUAAAAAUACUUUUUUUACUUUAUAUAUCAUGUCAAAUACUAUAUUACUAACAGUAUAUACAGGAUUAUAUAAGUCUGAUUCUUGUCUGGAUAAAUAUGAAUAUAAACCAAUAUCAAUAACUCCAACAAAAGUAACUUAUUUUCUUUAUUUCCAGGUCUGUAGAUUGCAGAAAGACAUGAUUUUCUUUCCCGUUUUGGGUCUGUCCUUCAGAGAAAUUCUGCUGUCAUUCUCAGAGGAAUUGGAAUAUAGUAUUUUGGGCGUAUCUGUUGUCCUUUUCCUUAUAGCCCUCUGCCUUUUGAUAUGGCAGAUUUACCACUACUGUACACGCUUUCCUGUUUCACAAAGACCUGGUAAGUUCUCAUGCAAAUGAGAAUGAUUGAUUUUUAUAUUUGACCUAAUAUUACACAAGAUUAGUACAUAAUAUUAAUAUUUAAAAAAGUAGAUCAGAUGGGACACUAAAGGCAUUUAUAAUGUUACAAAGGAUCAUUUUUUUUUUCAAAUACAUUGUUCUUUUGAAUUUUCUAUUCAUCAAAUAAAUAAAAGGUAUUAUGGUUUCCACAAAAAUAUUGAUAAACACCAAAUCAGUAUGAUUAAAGUAUGAUUUCCAAAGGAUCUUGUGACACUAAAGAAUGGAAUAUUACUGUUUUUACUGUAUUUGUGAUAAAUAAAUAAUUAACCUUGGUAAGAGACUUCUUUCAAAAACAUUAAAGAUCUUAAUGACCCCAAACUUUUGAACAGUGUAUCAAAUAAAAAGUUAUGGAAGACAUGCUAAUGAGGUUUAUGCAGAACAUCUAUCAACACAUCUAAUAGAUUCCAGUGAAUAUUUUGUUAGCAGAUAUCCUGUCAACCAGGAGCGGAGGCUUUCAGUAUGCUACACAAACAAAUGAUCCUAAGGUAAGAUUCCUUGGCAUACACCAUCAUUAUCUUCAUAACCCGGAAUGCAUCCAUUUUUGCAUUUUGCUUCCUUAGUUUUUGCUUGCUCUGACCAAACAAAAUACAUCAAAAACAUGUUUCAAAGAUGCUUGGCUUUGGUUGCCAACCACAUGUGUGGAUUAUAACCAGAAAAUUAGACCAGAUACACUCUCUGUCCAUCAGAUGGAGGUUCAUUAUGAGGAACUGAGCCACAGACUGUCCCCUGGCAUCUCUUGCACUAACCUGGGCAGUAGUUUAGAUCUAGCUAGCAUGGCCGAUCUGGAAGAGGAGAACAUCCAGGGAUCUCUGCGCUUUUCACUGUUCUACGAUCAGCUGCAGUCCAAACUGGUGGUGACGGUACUGGACGCCCAGGAUCUAGCCAAGCGAGACUUCAGCCAUAGUGUGGACCCGUUCGUUUGGGUGCGGUUGUUGUGGGCAGAAAGAGAGGAUGAGGAGCAGAGUUCAAUGCAGUGUGUUCUGGACGAAUGGCAGACACGUCUAGUGAAGAAGAGCUGUAGUCCCGUGUUUGGGGAUCAGUUCUCUUGCACCCUGGCUGAAGAGGAAGUACCAAGAGUCACUGUUAGAUUUGAGGUUCGGGAUUUUGAUAAAUACUCAAGACAUGGAAUUCUAGGAGAGGCCCGUGCUCCCCUGAACAGCCUGAAGCUCUCAUAUCCCCUGGAGUUAAGAGAGGAUUUGCAGGAUAUGGUUGGUGAGGCACUGCUCUCUCUGAAAUACAUGCCUACAUCUCAGAGGCUGGAGGUGGGGGUGCUGAAGAUCCACACAGUAUGUCAUCCCAAUAAAACUGAAAGAGCUCUCUAUGCCAAAACCAGCGUUACCUGCAACCACUGCAGACUUCGACAUCAGAGGACAGAACAGAAGAAGCGUCGGGAGGUGACUGUGUUCAAUGAGGUCCUGACCUUUGUGUUGCCAGAUCAACAGAUCAGGGAGUGCACCAUUAUAGUGUCCGUUUACGAAGUUCAGCCUUCUAAGAAGUCUUCCAAACAUCCGAUUGGUCACAUCCACAUCAAAAAGGGCAAAACCUUUGAAAAUGAGCACUGGAAACUGAUGAUGCAAUCACUACGACAGCCAAUCGCUAAGUGGCAUUUACUCUUCAUCUGAAUACACCUCAUGUGUUUGUUGACGCUUCUAGAUCCAGUCAUACAUCCGACUUUCGUGUCUGCUUCAGGUUGGAAUGAGGAAAUGUGCGCUGACGAGAAAAUAAAAUGUUAAAUUUGGUUGCUCAUUGGGUUUAAAAACACAUACAAAGGCGAUAUAAGUUUAUAUGGUUGUGUUUCUUUAACUAUGGAAACUUCUGGCCCAGUAGACUUAAAACUCACUUUCACACCCAGUCUCACUAGUAGGCCUUUUUUCAGUUAACAAUAUACAACCUGUAUGUGACAGUGGAGAUACAUGUAUAAAGUUGUUAUUGUAUACAGAACAUCAGCACAGGAACAUUUGUGUCAUCUCAAACAAUGAACUGUUAAUAGCAUCAUAUGGUGGAAAUCUAAAACAUUUUUGUAAUAUGGCUGACUAUUUUAUCUUGCUAAGUUAAUUUCAUUGCUGCCACUCAUUGUAUUCUAAAACCAAAUCAGAUGUAUUUACAUUCUUUGUUUAAUUUAGAGAUGUUUGGCAAUGAUGCACAAUAAAACAUUCAAUUCAA